UCUGUUGACCGUCUGCUGUCAACAACUGGUCGGCGAGGAAGCAGAAGUGACAUUAAACUGCUAACGUCACACCUUUUGGUUUGUUUUUUUAACCAACUCUUGGUUUAAUUUCCGCAUUUGUGUUGUUAGUCAGGAGAAAGUAAAGUCGUCGCGUGAGUUCGCUACAAUGACAAGUUGGCUCGUUCCAAGCUAGCGCUAGCUUUGGUGGUGUUGUUGUAGUGAAAGACCGACGUUGCAGUCAAGUGUGGCGGCGCGACCAGACACUAAAUCUGCUCUAAAGGUGCCCAGAUAAAGUACUUCCAGCCGGACUGAGAGAUCUUUAACAGAACCCGUCCGCCAUGGAUCCGUUUGACAGCAACAGCACAGAGCGAGCAAGCCUGCCAAGGAACAUGAUUGAAAAUAGCAUGUUUGAAGAAGAGCCUGACAUUGUGGAUCUGGCCAAAGACUCCACAGCAUAUCCGACAUUUCCGGCACUUGACCCAGACGAGGUGGCAUAUGAGCCUCGUAGCUCUCGGCUGCUGGUGCGAGGCCUAGGGGAGAAUGAUGUGGAUGACGAUGAGGAGGACUGCGAGUCUUCAGCUCGACUACUAGGAAUGUCCUUUAUGAAUCGCAGCUCUGCCCAGAGAUCUCACUCCUCCCCUUACGUCAGACAGCUUCCACCCAGAUCGUGUUCGCUUCCUUCAGCCCGCACCACAGUUGUUUGUGUGUUAUUUCUGGUAAUAGUGGCCUCCAUGACUAUGGUAUUGUACUUUUUGCCUGGAUGCACCUUUACUAAGAUGGGUUGCCCAAAAUCAAAUAACAAGACGUCUACUAACGGCACUGAUAGCGAACUCUUCCCCUGGGCAGAGUUUCGGCUCCCUCGCAGCAUAAGUCCUCUCAGCUAUGACCUCACCUUGAGCCCUGACUUCAACAACAUGGAUUUCACCGGCCACACUGUCAUCAACAUGUCUGUACUUCACAACACCAAACGCAUAGUCCUGCACAGUGAAAAUCUCAACAUUACCAAAGCGACCUUCAGGAUUGGUAAUGGGGACGCCAGUGAUGUUACUAUACUUGAGUACAAACCCAGACAGCAGAUAGCUGUUAAGUUCUCCAAAGAACUGAAAGCGGGCCAGAACUGUGUGUUGACUUUGGAUUACACUGCCGACCUGUCACACACCUACGAUGGUUUCUACAACAGUUCCUACAUCGACCAAGAUGGAAACAAAAGGGUUCUAGCUGCUACCCAAUUUGAGCCCCUUUUUGCUCGGAAGGCCUUCCCUUGCUUUGAUGAGCCAUCUUUCAAAGCCAUCUUUCAGAUUAAAAUCAAAAGGAAACUAGAGUACAUGGCCCUCUCCAAUAUGCCGAAGGUGAAGACGACGUUGCUUGCCAAUGGCUUUAUGCAGGACGAAUUUGCAAAGACCACCGUCAAAAUGAGCACCUACUUGGUGGCCUUCAUCGUUGGUAACUUCACCCCCACCAGCAAGAACGUCUCUGACAUUUUAGUGUCCGUGUACAGUGUUCCAGAGAAGAAGGAGCACACUGACUACGCUCUAGCCACAGCAUCCAAACUACUGGAGUUUUAUAAUGACUUCUUUGAAAUAAACUAUCCUCUUCAGAAACUAGACCUGGUAGGCAUUCCAGACUUUUUGGCAGGAGCCAUGGAAAACUGGGGUCUGAUCACUUUCAGAGAGACAACUCUGCUGGUGGGGACACAGUCCUCUCCCCUGGAAAAACAACUUGUGGCUUCGGUCAUCGCUCAUGAGCUGGCUCAUCAGUGGUUUGGAAACUUGGUCACAAUGAGCUGGUGGAGUGACCUUUGGCUCAACGAGGGCUUUGCCACUUACAUGCAGUACAUGUCCUUGCAGACAGUGCUGCCACAGCUGGACAUUGGCAACUUGUUCUUAGCAAUGAGGUUCCGUGCCAUGGACAAAGAUGCACUCAACUCCUCCCACGCCGUGUCCACUGAGGUCAACACACCAGAGCAGGUGGAAGAGAUGUUCGAUUCAGUCUCCUAUGAGAAGGGAGCUUCCAUUCUUCUGAUGUUGAACGCCUCCUUGUCAAGUGAUCAGCAGUUCAGAAAAGGUAUCAUUCAGUAUCUGAAACAGUUCAGUGGAUUAAACACAGACACUGAUGACCUCUGGAACAGUCUUACAGAGGUGGAUCUCUCGAAUCAGCACCCCAACGUGUCUGAGAUGAUGAAGUCAUGGACAUCUCAGAAAGGCUUCCCUUUGGUGACUUUGUCCCGCAAGGGGGAUCAGGUGACCUUAACACAGGAGCAUUUCCUGCUCACAUCAGACGAUACCUCACACUCCUCCAGCAUGUGGACUGUUCUGGUGACGUAUGUGAAUGACAACUGUAGUUUGGCUCCAGACUGCAGACAGUUGUUCACUCUGAGUGCCAAGUCAGGGACUCUUAAGGUGCCAGAAAGUGUGAAGUGGCUGAAGCUAAACUACAGGAACACAGGCUUCUAUAUUGUUGACUAUGGACACGACGGUUGGGGUGCUCUGAUAGACGCCAUGUCUAACAAUGCCAAAGUUCUCACACAAGAGGACCGCGCCUCGCUUAUACACAACAUCUUUUCUCUCUCCAAACUGGGACGCGUGUCCUUUCGCCAGGUCCUCAGCCUUCUGAACUACAUGUCCAAUGAAACUGAGACGACUCCUGUGAGAGAGGCCUUGCUGCAGCUCAACAACAUUUACCAUCAGCUCAACAAACGAUACGAACAAGGCCUUGUCACCCGCAUGAAGUCGUAUAUUCUGAAUCUCUUUGGCGCGCUGACGGAGAAGCAAACAUGGACCAAGGAGGAUAGUGUGUCCACUCAGGAAUUGCGCUCAGCCCUCUUGGAGACAGCAUGCUAUCUUGAGGAAAACAAAUGCAAGCAGCAAGCUAAAGACUUGUUUAGGCAGUACAUUGACUCAAACGGAACGUUCCAGAUCCCAGGCGAUCUGCAGAGAGUUGUAUUCAGCGUGGCAGCUCAGUCCACUGACGACUGGGGGACUCUGCUCACCAUAUAUCAAUAUGCCACUUACGACUCGGAGAAGCAGAACAUGCUACAGGGAUUAGCAUCCACUCCGCACACACCCAGUAUUGUGUGGCUUCUCAGUGCAGGUUUGAAUGGCAACAUCAUUCCGACACAAGACCUUCCUUCAGUCAUCCGCACUGUCUGCAGAAGCUUUACUGGCAACUUGAUUGCUUGGGAUUUCAUUCAAGAGAACUGGAACCAGCUCAUAGAAAAGUUUCCAAUGGGUUCCUUUGCCAUCCAAAGAAUAAUCAAGGCUGCAACCUCUCAGUUGUCCACACAGUUGCAUUUUAAUCAGGUGCAGAGUUUCUUCUCCAGCCUGAGGGAACGCGGCUCUCAGUUGCGGAGCGUGCAGGAAGCGCUGGAAACCAUCCGACUGAACCAGCGCUGGAUGGAGAGAAACCUCCCUUCGCUUGAUAAAUGGCUGUAAAGCCGGCACUCCUUUCUUAACCUGGCCCUCUGGGUUACGUUUGUCAAGACAUCUGCAAAGUUUGCACUAAUGUCUCCCAGUGCUGUUUCACCAGCUCCGAGUACAACUCUGGACCGGGCGAUCCCCUCAUGUGUUGCUUCUGUGAGACGUUAACUGGCUCAGGACGGCUCUGAUUGUAUCUGACAGCGUGAUGUCAGACCCAAACACUCCUCUUCACUUAAAGCUGUCGACCAAACCUAUCAGACAAUCACACUAUCCACUUAACACACUCCAUCUGCUUUUUUCCCAGCAACUGCGUGAGCUGGUCAAGCUCUGCUUCUAAAAAAGAUGAAGAAUGACAAAUGUACAGUAUUUUUCUGCCCAUAAGGUCUGGACUGUCUCUCUGCUUUAGUACAGUGCAUCCAGAAAGUAUCCCCAGCGCUUCACUUUUUCCACAUUUUUUCCGCAUUUUGUUAAAGUAGCCAUAUGUAGUAAUGUGGCCAGAAAUGGUACUGCAAUCACCGUCCAAAUUCUGUAGUCCCCUCCCACUCUCCAUGACUGAGGUUCCGAAUCCUACUCCAAGGAACUUCAAAUGGCAAUGGACGAGUCCUACGCUGUAGGUUUCUCUUCUUUAUGCUUCUUGCAAGAUGGUUUACUAAAUAAUUAUGCCUCGUUUUACUGACGGCCAUCCAUCCAUUUUCUACCGCUUGUCCCUAUCUCGGCUGCAUUUGGGCGGAAGGCGGUGUACAGCCUGGACAAGUCGCCACUUCAUCACAGGGCCAACACAGAUAGACAGACAACAUUCACACUCACAUUCACACACUAGGGCCAAUUUAGUGUUACCAAUCAACCUAUCCCCAGGUGCAUGUUUUUUGGAGGUGGGAGGAAGCCGGAGUACCCGGAGGGAACCCGCGUCGAUUAGCCAAAUGUAUUUUUAAAGUUACGCAGCAAUAUUUUAGUCGGGACAGAUUGUUGGCAUUACCCUGCUAAAAUGUCUAGUUUGACCGCACGUACCACCAUCGAAAUAUAAUUUAUGAGCCAACCCACGUUAGGCAUAAAUCAUAUAGCCUACUACCAUGUCAAUACACAAAGUAGAAAAUCAUUACAUGUAAUGCAUUAUAUGGUGCCAAGCAAAUGCCACCCCACAUGUGCCUGAUGCACAUACAUUACCAGAAACCGCAAAUAGCCGUGCUAAUGUUGGAACCCAUUUCCUCAGCGUAUCAGCAUAUUGAGAACGAAAUAGGCACUGACACUACCCAUAUCCAUUGUCAUUAAUGAGUAGAAUUUUAAGGACAAAAAUGUAUGUAUUCCAUUUUGGAAUAAGGCAGUAACAUAACAAAAUGUGGAAAAAGUGAGGCGAUGUGAAUACUUUCUGGAUGCACCGUAUAUUGACUCCUUACAGAUCGGUCAUCAAAUCAGUACAGAAUGAAGAGCAGCCUGUAAUUAUGCUUUCUGCAUAUUACUUCAACAUGUUGAUGCUUUGUUGAAGGUUCAGGAAGGGCGAAAACACCCUUCCCACUGUGUACAGUAGAUGGCACAGUCCACCACUGUUCUGAUGUUAAAGCCACCAAGGUGUCUUAAAUGAAGCACUGGAUACACAUUGACUUCAUUUUUUUUUUAAAUUUCUGUCCAGAUCCUCGUUGGUUAUCUAAAGAGCAGCGAUCACAAAGUGUAUUCUUGUAAACGUGCUUGUAGUUCAAAUGUAAAUACAGUAUAUUCCCCACGACAGACUUCAGUCAAGGACGUGCUAUUUUAUCUGAACAGUUUUCGACUUUGCUCAACCAGAUUUUAGCCUCGUGUACAUAGAACAGAAAGAGAGGUAUUUACUCCGAGAAUUUAAUCAAGACUCUUGUCCAUCACCUUUUUAUUGCCUUUGUUGGAUGCACACCAAUGCUGGGAGGUCACUUUCUGAGGGAUUGUUCAUGUUUGUCUAAGGGCUAAUUAUGUUUAUGUGGAGUAUUUCCCGCUACAAAGGUUUUAAAGUUACUCCAGCUUACUAUGUAUUAUCUUUACUUCACCCCCCUUAAUGUGUUUAGUAACAGAUUUCUUCACAGGAUCUUCUCACAUAUUGCUUGAGGUCAGAAAGUUUGUUUGAAAAAAACAAGUUAUGGUGUAAGUUAUUUUUUCUUGUGUAAACAAAACCAAUUGAUGUGACAAUUCGGAGAUAACAUCAUGAGGCAUAACCUUUUAGAAGCUCUGGUUCAGUUCAAGUAUGCUGAGGGUAGACGCACGGAAUCAUCAGCACAAAAUGCGCACGUGUUUCUGCUGUACUCAGUUGUGCAGCAUUUGAAAUAUAAAGUACUUGUCGUGGAAAUUGAGCAAACAUGCAGAAUUUGUGGCUGGUUUUUGUUUAGUUUUUUUAGUGUGAUUGCAUUUAUAUAAUAAAUUAUUUCCAGAGGGAGCGACA